GAGUGAUAUAAGAAGGUUUCUUUGUUAAUUGAUUAUUCUCUUCCGCUUACAGGGGAUGGCGCUAAGAAUAAGUGCUUUGAUGAACUAAUAGGUGUUUGGAUUUUGUGUUUACUUUGCUCUGCAUAGGGCUCCUUCAGUUUUUUGUAUUCUUUUACUUCGCUCAGUAAUUCUUCUAUUUUCAAGAUAAGAAUACAGGCUGCAUCUGCAUUGGCUACCCUACCAACAAUAGUGGGUGAAUCGAUAUGGAUCCCAUGAACAACAGUCCUUCAUUUUUAAAGCUUAUUGAGGAAGAUGACCCGAUAUUUUUGCAAAUACCUAAUGACUUUGCUUCAAUGAUUUGGGGAGACCAACCACCUUACAAAGAUUCAGUUAAGAUUGUUGAUGGCAACAAGUUAUGGUUUGUAAGACUGAAAAAAACUGAUGUUGGCCCUGUUCUUGCUGAUGGCUUCACCAAAGUUGUUCGGGAUAGUUGUAUAAGAAAAAAUAACUAUCUUAUGUUUCAGUCAUUUGGACAAUCAUCAUUCUUUCUAAUGGUGUUUAAAUCAUUUGUUCAUCAAUACUGCUUUAUAUCCAAAAUCACACCUGACGAAGACGUUAUUGUCAUGGCUGAUGAAUUUUGGAGGCAAUUUUAUGGGAAAAUUUUCAAAGGUGGUCAAUCAACUCUUUAUUUAGGAGAUAGAUUUUGGAACGUUAAGAUGGACGGAUUAACUGACAGCUGUGUUUUUACUCAUAGAUGUUCUGAGAUGGUAAACGAUCUUGCCUUAGACAGGCGAUCUAUCUUUGUCUUUUCAAUGGUUGGAAAUAAAAUUUUCGAGCUUUCAGUCUUUAAUCAUCAAACCAGUACUCAAAUUCACCCGCGAACUUCGCGGGUUUGA